CAAGAACACCGUCAUUUCUAAGUAUAAUAGUUGUUUUCACUUUUCUUUGCCCGCUGGGUAUGACUUGCUUUUCACAAGUUGCAUACAUUUAUUUUCUGCACAAUUUCCAGGAAGUUUGAUCAGCAAUAAUUUAUUAUGAUUACACAAAGACAGACGACUUCGCCCCCUGAUGGAAGUUAGCUUGUUGACUUGCAGAUAAGAUUAAAGACAAGGUCUUGUAUACAAAAUCUCCAAGACUCCAAGCAUUUCGUUCCUUCAGCAAUGGAGAAGGUAACAUCAAAUGCAAUCUCAACUCGGCUCAAAUUUAUCCACGACGGCAUCUUGAAUACUCUUUAUGGUAUUCUCUCUGAUGUCUUCCUCUUUUAUUUUCAACCCUUAGUCAACUUUAUCCGUAGCAGACUCAAGGCAUCCACCAAGAUAGCCAAAGAACAUCAAGAAAAGCUACUGAUCAGUGGAGGAGAUAUGAAGAUGGUGAUGGACAGACUAGGAAUACAACAAUGUGACUCAGAUGAUGACCUUCAAGAAAGGUACGAUGCAAGAGAGCUCUCAAGACUGUUUGAGGAGCAUGAACCAAGCUUAGAGGAAGUGAAAGAUGCUUUUGACAUUUUUGAUGAGAAUAAAGAUGGGUUUAUAGACGGUAAAGACUUGCAUAGAGUUUUGUGUUGUUUAGGCUUCAUAAAUGAAGGAUCAAAGGUGGACAAGUGUACAGAAAUGAUCAGUGCAGUUCAAAAGUAUGGAUCAGAUGGAAAGAUUGAUUUUAACGAGUUUGCCAUAUUUAUGGAGAAGUGUUUUUGUUGAAAUCUUCAAAUCCACCCUUUGAGAUAACAUGAACUGUGGACGGGGUGAGACUUAGGUUGUAUUUUCAGUUAGUCAUAGCUUGUUUCUCUCUCUAGUUACUAGAGAGAGAACUUAGUUUCUGCUUCGAUUUUUUUUUUCCUUCUUCUCCGAGGCUCGGUCCUUUGUCUUUUUGCUCUUUGCGGCGGAGUAGGAGAGUUCUCCUUGCUUGGGCAGCGAGUUUACUCUCUCCACCUCCGCGGGUUAAGGGUAAAUAUUUCUUUUGUGGAUGGUUGUUUGCAAGUUUGGAAAUCUUUAGAGAGGGAAUCUAAAGAAGAACUACGAUGUGAUAGUUGUUUAAUUGUGUUUAUUAAUUA